AUGGGAAGUGAAAACCAACCACAUGAAAAACCUAAGUCUUUUAGACCUCUCCGAUAACCGUUUGACCAACCUUGAAGAGUCGGCCAUGCAAGAUCUAGAAACCCUAUUUUUUUCUGGAAACCCAAAACUUUUGAUAGAUUUAGACAAUAAUCGACUCUCUUGUUCUUGUAGGAAUCUUGUGUUCUUAACGUGGCUUCGAUCAUAUAAGUCGCGUUUCAUUAAUUACGAAAACUACACUUGCAUGGAAGAUUCUUCGAAUCUUGAUCUAUCCAUUGACACAUUAAAGACUGAUUGUAAAUCCUACCUUUUGUGGUACAUAAUUGGAAGUAUUUCUGGCACGCUGUUUGUGAGCCUCGUUAUCAGCUUUUUGAUAUAUAAGAAUCGAUGGAAAAUUCGCUAUUUGCGUUAUAUCGCCAACAAGAAAUUUCAUGGCUACCAAAGACUUCCGCUCACUUCUGGAGGAGAAUUCGAAUAUGACGCAUACGUGUCGUAUUCUGUAAAGGAUGUCUCCUUCAUUAAAAAUGAAAUGGUGCCAAACUUAGAGGAGCGGUUUGGUUUGAAACUAGCCAUAAUGCAUAGAGAUAUGCCGCCGUGCGGCAACCAUGCAACAAACAUCAUGGAUUACAUCUGCCAAUGCAAACGAACACUUUGUGUGGUGUCUAAAAACUAUUUGGAGUCAACAUGGCAAGAUUAUGAAUUAAACAUGGCAAGAAUGGAAGGACUCGAAGCAAGACGGGGGAUGGCUUUUGUACAUCUAAUGUUGAUGCCCGACGUUUGUCAGUCAAAAUAUCCAAGAAAAGUUCGCGACUUUAUCAGGGAAGGUAACUACAUAGAAUACCCCGAUGACCAACUAGGAAAGGAAGUGUUUUGGGAAAUUCUAAAGAAGGAGAUUCAAAAAGAUUUACCGCUUUCUGCUUCCUUCACUUGACUAUGCUUAAUUGACUUUGUAUUGUUUUUCCUAUACAUUAAAUAUCAUUCUGCCUUUUAAGUGUUUUCUUCCCGACACUUCUGUUAAUAACUGAAGUAGAGAGAAGAUUAAAAGACAACAAAAACAUUUAAAAACAUCUGUAAAUAAGUAGGA